AUGGGAUUUGCCCCCCUUGCAAAAAGAUGCCAUCAACCGUUAUCGGCUUCCGUCUUGUCGGCAUCAUCAUUGAACCAGCCGGAACAAGACGAGGAAAAUAAUGACUGGAAUACAGAUGAUGGAAUGGGUGAAUCCACGAUGGGACCUGAGAAGAGCCAAAUGCACGGAUUCGUUUCGGACUUUUUGAAGAAAGAAAAUGAAAUCAAGCCAGAGGAGAACGACACGACUACGGCUGCCGAGAAUCCCAACUACUUUACCCACUUGAUUGCCGUUCCCAUGGGAUCCUGCCAUGAGCUGUCAAUUGAACUAGAGUCGGUCCAACGAGCAAUCUUGUACCAUUGUCCCGUUCUCGUACAUUCUUGUCUGGUGCCAGCCACCACGCGACUUCCUCUUCUCUACGUGCAUCAACCAGGGGGAACUGCCGUGUCACCAUUGGCUGCCAAACAGGCCGCGGAAUCCUUGGAAAAAAUUGUACAAGAUGCCGUACAAAAAUGUGUCUAUGAUGACGACUCCAUAGCAACAGUAAUAGCCAGAAAACAAGAGUCCGCGGACGACGACGACGACCAUCCCAUAGACGGAGUCAAUGCCGAUGGAGUACGUCCCUUGACACUCACCUUUCAGUCCUUGGAAGUCGAUGGCUCCAAGAACAAUGCCUUGCACACAGUGGCGCUUUCCGAUGAUCCUGGAACGGUACGAAUUCAAAACCUCGUGGCCGAAUUGCAAUCCACCAUCGCCGACCAACUGGGAUGGACCACCUCGCUUCCACCCGAUGAACACUUGGAGAUUAGCAAUCCACCCGUCUUUCGGCCUCGAGUUCCCUUUAUGCGUCUCCCCACCAACUUUCAGGAUUACCUCGAUCCCUUACCACACGGGGACGAACUGGCGAGGACGUCCGAAGAAGGAGGCAAUGGGAUAUCGCCCAUUUUCUGGGCUACCUGGUGGGACGAUGUCUUUGGAAUGGCACGGUUGCCGGAAAUUGCAAUUUAUCCUCGACGGUCGCCAGACGGAUUGGCAGAAGAUGCCUUUUACAUGCCCGCCAACGUCGUCACAUUGCCAGAGGGGAACAAGGCCAUGACACAACAGGAAGCCAAAUUCAAGGACUAUCAGGACCAACGCAUGCAACAGGCAGAAUAUGACGCCAAGAAGGAAAUGAGCAAUGAGAGUAGCAACGACUUCAACAACCAGGAGGAGGUGGACGAGAUGGAUCCUAUGCUGCAAAAGACUCGAUCCCGGUUGGAAACACUCUAUCAACAAGACAUUCUGGAAGCCAGUCAACUAGAGGUCGAACAGGAUCUCCAAGAGUUGGUAGAUCAAAGCAAAGACCCCGAUCGACCCAAGAUUGAUACAACUCUACUCGAUGAGUGGACGCAAGAACGCAUCAAAAAAGCCAAUGCGGCAAAAGGAAUUACUAUGUACGAUGAUGACGAUGAUGACGAAGAGGAAGACAAGGAGGACGACAAAGAAGAUGUCAUCGAAAACGGCGAAGAGAAUAUCAAAUCUAUUAAAAUUAAUAUUGCCAACAACAACGACCGUGAGGAUCAAAACGAACUGGACGAUUGGACUCUUGAACGGAUGCGCAAAGCCGUGGAGUCACGCGAUAUUGCCAAAGAGAGAUUGAACGUCGCAAAGGACAAGGUGGCCAUCGAAGAUAAUCCCAUCUUUCAAAAGUUCAAAGAUGGUACUUUGGUGCCGGAAUCGGAAAAGCCCAAAGCUCCCGUAGAAGUGGAAAUCGAGCCAUUUCCAAGCCGCGCCCAGUUUGUGGGCUUUUGGGAAGUCAUGUCCUCACCGACUGGAUUUGAACCGCAAGAUGCUGGUGAUGGCAGCACCUCCGAAAAUCUGGUAUUGCGUGUGGAUGGAACCACAGCGGGUGGGCCCAUCUUGGACCCCGAAACGAAGCAUAAGGCGGCCGGGGGCACAUGGAAAAUCAUACCCAAUGAGGACGGAGAAACCGUACAACUUCGCAUUCGGUUGGUCAUACCACCAAAGAAAGAACGCAUUCUUGUCAUGGAAGGCACAGCCCAAAAGCGAGCCUUGGUGUCCCCGAGAAACAAUCUACCACCAAUGGCCAGUGGUGCCUUUGGCAUACCUGCGUUGGAGGAAAAGCAAAAACGAGCCAACGAUGAAGCAGACGAAGAGCUGCAAGAAUUGACACGGGAGAAAAUUUCGUGCUCGGGCAAGGUAUGGGUGGAAGACGCCAUCACUCGGAAGAACAAAAUUGAUAUUGGAGACUUCUCCUUGGUGAAAUUGGAUACACCCAGGGACCCUUCUCAGUAUACAAUCACAAUUCCUCGUCCCAUCCGCAAUCAAGAUUGA